AUGGCUCCUAAUGCUCAAACACUCAAGACAUCUCAGUCAGUCGGUCUCUUCUACCCCCGGCUGCUUCGAGGGAAUUCCAAUAGCUGCUGUGCCUUCUGCUUCACACCCGGCAUCUACGACGUCAACAGGUACGCUCGCAGCGGUGGCUUGAGUAGGUCGGCAAUCACCGAGAUGGUGCGCCUCGUGCUCUGCUCCUCGUCCAAAAUCAACCCCAAUCAGCUGACCACCAAGUCCGAUUUGAGGCAGGAGUUCGCAUUUGACCAAGUGGAUCGCAUAGACGUGGCACUCGUCAUGGAGACGUUGUUUGCCAUCAGCAUUUCGCAUGACCACCUGGAUGAACACUUCACCACUCCACUGGACAUUGUCGACUACAUCUGCAAACGACGUGGCGUAGACUGA